AUGAAAAAAGGAGCCAAAUUUCCGACCUUAAAAACAAAUGAGAAAGUAGGACGACGUGAGUGUGGGUGUUUUGGUACCGAGCACCGUGCAGCGGCGAAUUGUCAAAGUUGUGGACGGAUUCAUUGUUCCGAAGAGGUUCCUGGCAAGUGUCUUUUUUGUGGUGAACGUCUUGAAAUUAUACGAAAGCCCGAAGGGUAUGACGAAGCCCAAGAAAAGAUGGACAUGUUGCUCUACUUCCAGCAGACACAAGCACAGCGUUCAGUAGUUCGAGACAUGGCAGGUGAAGACCCUAUGAAGCUUGACUUAUGGUUGAAAAAGCAACCAAAAAAGCCUCAACGACAGAAGAAAGAAAUUUCUAAGAAAGUUCUUUAUGGAAAAAAGGUGCAGUACCAGAACGAUGAUUCGUUUAAUGCAGAUUUCAUGGAAGAGGACGACAUUGGUACUGCUCAAGUAUAUAACAUCAACGUGAAGAAGAAUGUUGAUACACUCGCAGAAGACGCAGACUACGAGGAUUAA